AUGGCGGCGGCUCCAAUGGCGGGCUGGUUGGCACCUGAGGUUUUGCGGGGCUCAUCGGGCCAGGGAAAUUCCUCCUCCUCCUCCUCCUCCUCCUCCUCCUUCUCUUCCUACGCUUCUCACUCCUCAGGCUCGAGUGUGAGUGGAGCAGCCUCCAAAGACUGCUUUGAUUCGGAACACUUGGGGUUCCCUUCGACCUCCGUGGAAUCCCCUCAGCGCCAUCCGCUUUGCUCUGCUAGCCCCUUUCUGGAAGAAAUGGCUUCUCUAAAAGACUACAGCUUUAAGAUUAUUCCCAAACAGAGUUCCGGUACCUUCACAAACUCUGAACUUGCAGCCAGCACUGAGGAUCAAAAUAACGAGCCUGAGAAAGCAAACGGGGACCAGAGAAGGUGGGGUGGAGAGCCAGACCAAAGCUCUUCAAUGAUCUACGUGAAGGCGAUCCAGGGCAUCCUGGACACAUUGAUACCAGAAGAAGAGGCCGUCGCUAGUACAAUAUGGAGCCCAGGACAGCAUGCCAACCCUGAAGAAGAACCAGCCGGGACUGCCCUCUUCUCUGCUCCUCAAAGAAGGAACGUGUCAGCCCCAGAGGUCAGAGUGGGGGAGAUGGAGAUGGACGACUUCUUUGACAGAAGAAUGACGACACCUCCUGAGGAGAAACUCUGUGAGAAGCCAUUUGGUGACCAAAGGACAUUCAUCUUUGAAAAGAGCUCUCCAGCCCUCCAAUUUCCAGAUAGACGUGACUAUCAUUCAGAAAUCCAGGUGCCUCAAGAAAGGGGUAUGGUGAUUGAGCACCCUUGCUCAGGAAGGGACUGGUCUGAUAUGGAUGAGGUUUCUGCAUUCAGAUUCCCUCAGGAGGAAUCCGCCUCACUCAGUCUCCCGAGAGUUUCACAGCCUUCGUCCUUCACACCCGAGCCUGUCAUGUUCUGGCCUAAUUUGUACAGUGGCCCUUGGCAUGACUCUACCAGCUACUGGACCAGCAGUCCCAAGCCUCCCAGCUAUCCUUCCCUGGGCGGCGGCGGUGGCGGCGGCAGCAGCACUGGGAUAAGCAGCCAGAGCUACUUGAGUGAUUAUUCCUUCAAUUCCACCGUGCACUCUCCAGACUGGUCCAGAGAUCUGAAGGCCUCAGAGCAAAGUUCAUCCCUGAAUUUGCCACUUUGUUUCUCCACAAGUUCAGAAGCAGAGGUGAAGGAGACAAGAUGCCAGCUCCAAGAGGAGACAUCAUCACGCCCUUGGGGAAGAUACGUAUCUCGCCCCCUGCCAAGGAGCCACUGGGAGCAAAGCCUAGAGAAGGGUUUCAUUGAUACCCACUGUCACCUCGACAUGCUCUAUUCCAAGCUGUCUUUCAAAGGAACCUUUAACAAGUUCAGAAAAAUCUACAGCCGCUCCUUCCCUAAGGAGUUUCAUGGCUGCAUCUCCGAUUUCUGUGAUCCUCGCACGCUAAAGGAUGGCCUAUGGGAGGAGCUGCUGAAAGAGGAUCUGGUUUGGGGGGCCUUUGGCUGCCACCCCCAUUUUGCACGUUACUAUAAUGAGAGCCAAGAAAGAAGUAUUUUGCAAGCCUUACGCCACCCCAAGGCUGUAGCAUUCGGAGAAAUUGGCCUGGAUUACUCCUACAAGUGCACCACACCUGUCCCACAGCAGCACAAGAUAUUUGAGAGACAGCUGCAGCUGGCCGUGUCUCUAAACAAGCCCAUGGUGAUCCACUGCCGAGAAGCUGACAGAGAUCUGCUGGGCAUCUUGAAAAAAUUUGUGCCCUCCGACUUCAAGAUCCAUCGGCACUGCUUCACUGGCAGUUACUCAGUCAUCCAGCCCCUUCUGGAGUACUUCCCCAACAUGUCUGUGGGCUUCACAGCAGUCCUGACUUACAGUUCCGCCUGGGAGGCCCGAGAUGCUCUGAAGAAGAUCCCGCUGGAGAGAGUCAUCGUGGAAACAGAUUCUCCCUACUUCCUCCCUCGGGGGGUUCCCAAAAGCCUGUGCCAGUUUGCCCACCCCGGCCUGGCCCUGCACACCGUUCGAGAGAUUGCCAGAAUCAAAGAUCAGCCACUCUCCCACACCUUGGCCACCUUACGAGACAACACGAGUCGUCUCUACAGCCUUUAAGCGGAGAAGGCACAGCCAGGAGUCUUCCAGAAAAGGGGGGGCAGCGACCUGACAACACAGACUUGGGCUGAACUCUGCCAGUGUCCCAAGUGAAGGAUGGGCUCGG